UCGCCCACCAAUGCACUGUGCUGAGUCCCAGAAGUGGGCACCAGCUCUGAACUUCCUGGGGUGGGAUGUAGUGUGUUGUCCUGCAGUUGAGCACUUUGGUGGUGGGGGCCAAUUCUAUUGUCAUUCCCCUGCAGCGUUUUCUCUGGGACUGCAAGAUCCCGCCUCUCGACGUUGCGGAGCGUCGUGCAGGGCAAGGUCCCGCUUCUUAGCCCUUUGGGGCCCCUUCAGUCCCGCGAGGCUGUCCAAAAUGCAAGGAAACCUGAGAGAACUUCUACAUAUGGGUUCUGAGACGCAGUGCUGGGAACCCACACCUCAGGCUGAGGUCAGGUCUCCUACUGAGAAUCUUCUCAGUUGUGCUGUACCCCCGCAAGAACUUCCAGGUCACAAUGAAGGUUCUUUUACUGAAAGAUGUGAAGGAGGAUGACUGUGGCCAGGAUCCGUACAUCAGGGAGUUAGGAUUGUAUGGCCUUGAAGCCACUUUGAUCCCUGUGUUAUCAUUUGAGUUUCUGUCUCUCUGCAGCUUCUCUGAGAAGCUGUCUCAUCCAGAAGAUUACGGGGGACUCAUUUUUACCAGCCCCAGAGCAGUGGAAGCAGUGGAGCUGUGUUUGGAGAAAGACAGUAAAGCUGAAGACUGGGAAAAGCCUCUGAAAGAAAAAUGGAGCACUAAGUCGGUGUAUGUGGUCGGAAAGGCUACUGCUUCUCUAGUUAAUAAAAUUGGCCUGGAUUUUGAAGGAGAAAACUGUGGAAAUGCAGAAAAGCUUGCAGAAUAUAUUUGUUCCAGGGAGUCACCAGCACUGCCUCUUCUGUUUCCCUGCGGAACCCUCAAAAGGGAGGUCCUACCGAAUAUGCUCAAGGACAAAGGGAUUCCCAUGGAAAGCAUAACUGUCUAUCAGACAAUUCCACAUCCGGAAAUCCAAGGGAACCUACACAGCUACUACUCCAAGCAGGGCGUCCCAGCCUGUGUCACGUUUUUCAGUCCCUCUGGUCUUAGAUACAGUCUCAAGCAUAUUCAAGAGUUAUCUGGUGACAGCAUUGAUCAAAUCAAGUUUGCAGCCAUCGGCCCCACCACAGCUCGUGCACUGGCCGCCGAGGGCCUGCUUGUGAGCUGCACUGCAGAGAGCCCCACGCCGCAAGCCCUGGCCACUGGGAUCAGGAGGGCACUGCAGCCCCACUGCCACUGCUGAGUCACUUGCAGCCUCGGCCCCGCUGUGCUCUCGGGUCUCAUCCUGCUCUGUGUAGUGAGCCCAGCAUCAGGCAGGGGCUCCUGAAAAACUGUGACCAUAAAACGCCUACCUCACAUCUGAGCGGAAGCCCCUUGAUCAGAGAUGCAUCUGCCCUGGGGUUGGCAUACAGCCCAUGUGCAUCCCACUGCCCUCUGGUGAAGACCUCCUUUGAACCUGGCCCACACUAGUCCCCUUUUCCUGUGAGAGCUUCUUGUGCCCAGCAAGAAGGAAAUCAAAUAAACAGCACAGGCUACCUGUGCUCAGUGAGUGUAUUA